AAAUUUGAGUUUCACUAGCUAAGUCUACUUUGUCCAAAAAAGUGAACUAAAAAUCAUCUUUUAAGACUGCAUAUUCUGCUAUCUCCUGUUGUUCUGUCCUCUUUAAUAUGAAUUUUGUCAUACAUACAUAAAGCUUAUACUUCUGUUCCUUCGCAUGUUUUAAACUCUUCCAGCCAAGGACCUAUUUAAAAAUGAGAAAUUUGGGGUUGUUCUUUACACUUCUACUCCUCACGAUUUUCUUGCUGAAUAGUGAAUUCAAAAGCUCUAAUUAGAUGAUUCAUGCUAUGUUACUUACCUAGUACUGAUUGGAUAUCUUUUUUAUAGUUUGAAGGUUGAUCCACGCUGAUCUUACUUGCGACUUGUACCAUUUCCAUGGAUCAGAUGAAUUGAUUGAAAAAAAUAUAAUGAAAUAUGACUUGACAAGUGUAGCAUGUGCUAAUGAGAUAAUCAUCUCAUUUUGGUAUAUUGAGUAUCAUCAGCAUUGAAAAACAUUUGUGGAGGUUUAAAGGUUUGAUUUGACAUAGUGAACGCCUCAUGACUAGGUAAGAAAUUUUUAUCAUCUGAUAACACAUGAUUCUGAUAGAUUACUCGUGACUUUUAAAACUUAUUUGUUAACUGGUUCAUGAUUAUUGCUGAAAGACUAAAUAUUGAUAUAUUCUUCUAGGAGUUCACAUAUCCCAUCCAAGGAUUGGAUGAAUUUAGCAAGGUAUAGCAAAGAGUAUAUUGAUGGCAUUGAAUCAUUUCUAGAUUUUGCUUACUCUUAUGGAGAUCCUCAUAGAGAGAAAAUUCAGUGUCCAUGUGCGAAAUGUUGUAAUAUUCUUUGGAACCGAAGGAAUGUAGUGUAUGAUCAUCUAAUAUGCCAUGGAUUCAUUAAAGGCUAUACUAGAUGGAUCAAUCACGGGGAAUGGGAUAUCAAGUUGAAUGUUGAUGAUGAUAUGGAUUACUCGUGUGAUGAUAUUGAUGGGUUGUUGAAUGAUCAAUUUAGAGAUGUUGCACAGGCUGGAGGAGUUUAUGAUGGUCCAAAUGAAGAUGCCAAGAAAUUCUAUAGCUUACUUGAAGAGGCAAACCAAGAAUUAUAUUCUGGUUGUAUAGGUUUCUCUAAAUUAUCAUUCACACUUCGCUUAUAUUUGUUGAAGUGUUUACAUGGAUGGAGCAAUGAAUCAUUCACUUCUCUUCUAGAGUUAUUAAAAGAGGCGAUUCCCGAGUUGAACAUUCCUCAGUCUUACAAUAAAACCAAGUCUAUGGUUAAGAAUCUUGGUCUGGAUUAUGAUAAAAUUGAUGCAUGUCCAAAUGAUUGCAUGUUGUUCAGGAAUGAUCAUAAGGAAGACGAAUUUUGUCACACUUGUGGAGCUUCACGGUAUAUUCAAGCUCCUAAAGUUGAUAAUGAGCUUGAGUCUUCAAAAAAGCAACAUCGAGUUUCUGCAAAGACUUUGAGACACUUUCCAUUAAUUCCUAGACUCAAAAGGCUAUUUAUGUGCUCAAAGAUGGCAGAUUCGUUGAGGUGGCAUGAAGAGAAACGUUCUAAAGAUGGAAAGUUAAGGCAUCCCGCUGAUGGUCUAGCAUGGAAAGACUUUGAUAGGGUGCAUCCAGAUUUCACACUAGAUUGUCGCAAUGUGAGACUUGGCUUGUCAAGUGAUGGAUUCAAUCCAUUUCGAACCAUGAGUAUAUCACAUAGCACAUGGCCAGUUAUGUUGAUGAUUUAUAAUCUGCCGCCUUGGAUGUGCAUGAAAUCUGAAUAUUCCAUACUUUCUUUACUUAUACCUGGACCACGAUCACCUGGAAAUGACAUUGAUAUUUACUUACAACCAUUGAUAGACGAGUUAAAAUUAUUAUGGGAUUCUGGGGUUGAAACAUAUGAUGCUUCCAGAAAUGAAACUUUUCAAAUGCGGGCAGCUCUUAUGUGGACAAUCAGUGAUUUUCCUGCAUAUGCUAUGUUAUCUGGUUGGAGUACAAAAGGCAAGUUUGCUUGCCCUUGCUGUAACUAUGGCACUAAUUCUCGCUAUCUUAAACAUAGUCGAAAAAUGUGCUAUAUGGAUCAUCGUGUUUUUCUACCGAUGGAUCAUCCAUGGAGAUCAAACAAAAGAUCAUUCAAUGGAAAAACUGAAUUUAGGCCUCCUCCAGCUCCUUUAAAGGGAAUUGAUGUUCUUAAUAGCUUACGUGAUUUUGAAAAUGUGUUUGGGAAAAAGAAAAAGAGAUCAAAUGAUGGCCCAUGGAAAAAAAGGUCAAUUUUAUUUGAAUUACCUUACUGGCAGCAUAACUUGUUACGUCACAACCUUGAUGUAAUGCACAUAGAGAAGAACAUAGUUGAUAGCAUACUUGGAACUCUUUUGGAUAUUUCAGGAAAAACAAAGGAUCAUGCAAAAGCACGGUAUGAUUUGAAAGAUAUGGGAAUCAGGAAGAACCUUCAUCCACAAGAUACAGAAGAUAGUAAGAGAACAAAGCUUACAAAGGCAUGCUUCUCAAUGACAAAUGGAGAGAAAUCCAUCUUUUGUGGAGUUUUAAAGACAGCCAAGCUACCUGAUGGUAGUGCCUCAAAUAUAUCUAGGUGUGUGCACUUGGAUGAAAGAAAGGUGUCUAAUUAUAAAACCCAUGAUGCUCAUUUCAUGUUACAUUACUUGCUUCCAAUACCAAUUAAAAGCAUUCUUCCUGAUCAUGUGGCUAUUCCUUUGAUUCGUCUAAGUUCCUUCUUCCAUCGUUUGUGCCAAAAAGUAAUCACAUUGGAGGAACUAGAUUGCUUAGAAGUAGAGAUCAUAGAAACAGUAAAUCAGUUGGAGCGAAUUUUUCCUCCUUCAUUUUUUGAUAUCAUGAUUCAUUUGCCUAUUCAUUUGGUGAAUGAAGUGAGAUUAGGCGGCCCUGUGCAAAAUCGAUGGAUGUAUUCCACUGAAAGAGAAAUGGGUACAUUCAAAUCAUACAUUCGCAAUAGGCGUUUUCCAGAAGGUUGCAUAGCAGAGACACGAGUGGAAAUAGAUUGCAUGAAUUUAUUCUCAAAAUAUCUGCAUCGGGGUGUGCAUACCAGAUUUAAUAGGAGAGCGCGAAAUAAUGAUGAAUGUGACCCAAGUGACGCAGAACCUGUGAGUUUGUUUUCUAACAAAGGAGUUCCUUUAGGAGCAAAGAAAACUGAUCCAAUCAUUUUAGAUGAUAAGUCACUAAGUCAGGCACAUGCAUACUUAUUGGGAAAUUGUGACGAUGUUCAAGAAUAUAUUAGGUACCUUAAUUUGAAUAUAGUAUUCUUUUUGUAUAAUUAAUUUUUAUCUUAUUUAAUUUAUUAUUUUAACAAAUAAAAUAAAUGUUUUGUAGAGAGCAUGAGCAAGA